CUUCUCACACUUUUCGAGCGGGAAGUAAUAGAAUACACGCAUAAAGUUCUUUCUUCACCCUUUCUCUCUCUACAAAAAAACCCAGCUCCAAAUCCCUCAACGCUCAAACAAACAAAAAAAAAAAAAAAAAAACUCUUACACUUUUAAUGGAAUGUUACUGGAGUUGCGUUUGCCUAAUUUGUAUUUCUUUGUUACAAGCAUUUACUGCUCUAGCUAGCUAGUAGUAGUAGUAAUAGUAAUAGUUGUUAACUAGUGUGUGUUUUACUCUCUCUCUCUCUAGUUAAAGACGAUUUUUGUUUUAGUUUUCAGGUAGAUAAAACAUGCCGGUAGUGUCGAUAGAUGGUUUCUCCAUCAGGGAGUUUACUGCCAAGAUGAGGAGUGUGGACGUGGUGAAAUGCUGGCCGUUCGAUGAUUCGACGAACGAAGAUCAUAUGAGAGCUAUUUUACCUCCAAUUACCGUUAAGAAAUUCAACUGGUGGCUUGAUGUUGUUGAUUCCAGUAAAAUUAAGUCUGUUAAGGGCAAAACAAGGGUUCAGAAGAAGAGGUCUAUUGUUGAUAUUUUUGCUGUAGCGCCACAAGUGGAAAGACUCGAUGGUGACGAUGAUUAUUAUGACGAUGAUGAGGAGGACGAUGAGGAUAAUAAUCACGACAUAUCUAAUGAAGGGAAAAAUGACAUUAGAAAUCGUAAAAGCAAGAGAAAAACAAAGAAGAAGAAGAAGAAGAAAACGAUUGCGAGCAAGUUGAAGGAGGUGAAGAAGACGAUAAAGAAGGAUAAGGAUAAUAAGAGGUUUAAGCAAAAGAAGAAAGUGAAUAGUAGUUGCUUGGAUCUACUAAUACGAAAGAAGGAGAAAUUGGACAAGCUCAAAGUGCCCAAUUCUUUUUCAAAACCAAGUUGUUCACAGCAUAGUAAGAAAUGCGAGAAUGACAUGGCAGAUUAUAGUCCUACCUACGGGAAGAAACCACAAAGGAAACAUCUAGCUUCAGAUAAGAAGACCAAAGGCCUAACUGAUUCGAAUUUCUCUGCGAAACACAAAAAGAUGGUGAAUCCAGUUUGUAGCAACCUCAAGAAAAGGACUAAACGAUUUCCAGUGGAAGACUCGACAGGUGGCAUUUUAUGUGGUCCUAAUGAUGCAAAUAUUUGCGGCAAUCAACAAAGCAACAAACUUGUCACCUCAGACGAGGCCACAGAGAAAGGAGAGGUUCUAUCCAUUGUAGAUGAGAAAGGAAUAAAGAAAUAUAUUCUGAGAACUACAGAAAAUGAGGUUACUGUUCUACCUGGAUCUCCAAAGAGGUUUUCCGUGGUGGGUAGUACAGCUGAUGAUGCUCCUGGUUUACAUAGGCACAAUGACAGUACUAAAGAUAAUUCAUUUGAAUGCUGUGAUGUUUUCAAUCAAGUUUCUGAGGGGAAUGACAAUUUAAAAUUAUCCAGAAGAGACUAUGGGGUGGUAUCACAUGGUUCACAGUAUCUCUGCAAUCCUGAGUCUCUCCAUGUACCUCAACAGAUGUAUAACCACCAAAAGAAUGACCAAAUCUUUGGAAGUCUAAUUAAUCCUUGUGUUGCUAAUGAGGGAUCACAUGACCAGUUAAAAUGUUCUCUACCUGAAGUUGCUAGAGUUUGCACCAUGCAUUCUGUCAAGGCAUAUCCUCAACAUUCAUCAGCUUACGAAAAUGUGAACAGGAAGCCUGUUGUACUGCCAGAAACAAUCAUUGGAAAUUGCAGUGGUCAUUUCAUGCAAUAUCAGCCACUCCCUCAAAUCUCCGCUCAAGAACUAACGUGCAAAAUAUGUUCUUUCCCUGAGUGGAAGCAAAGAGAAUCCAUGUACGGAGAAAAGGGAAAUGAAAAAGACUAUGUUAGCUUGCCCCUCAACUCUCAAGGGGAAUUAAUUGAUCUGAACUCGAACAGUAAAAGAAAGUUGACUCAGCUGCCAAGCUCAAGGGGAAUUGCGGGCUCUUCCAGAGGAUUAGCUGUAAACAAUGUUGCACUCUCAAACAUGGACAAUCUCUCUGAUGCUAGAGGUUGGGAUAAACGAGCACCACCCACAGACCAGCUAAAAAGGUCCUCUGCAGAUGAUUCAGUGGAAUGGAGCCCUACUUUUCCCGUACCUUCAAGGUUAGGUAUCUAUGAGUAUGACGCUGGAAGAAAAAAUGUUGAGUUGGAUCCGCUAAAGGAAAAUGAGGAAGCUAUUACUCCUUUUGAGUUAGGUUACAGUGUCAGUAAUUUGUCCAACCAUAGAAGCAAGCAAAACGCUCAGGCCAAGCAACUUGAAACCAGCAGGAGUAAGCAAUAUGGGAAUUCUGACCAUGUCUCACUUCUUGUCACUCCAUCGAAAAUGCGUCUGAUGGGAAAAGAGUUUACAGUUGGUAGAAGAGAUUUUCAUGUACCACAGGAUAAAAGGAUUUGGACAGAUAAACAGAUCAUUGCCGAGAAUUUUUCUGCAGAGACUUACAACUACAAUUCAGUGGUUACAAAUCAUGAUCAACAAAAUCUCACCGUGCAUCCUGUUCUAGGAACACUGAAAGGCACGGUUGCUUGGUCUCCAAGUAUCCAAAUCAAUCAGGCCAUUCCAAGGCCUCGGGUUUGCCCCCCUCACUUCAGCCGUCAAAUUGAUUCAGUGCAGCAAAAUUGUUUAGGUGCAAUCAAACAAAGCCCUUUCUCUCCUUAUAAUCAAAAACCAAACUUUGAGGAGCCUUUUACAGGUGGAUAUAAAUCUUUCACAAUCAGCCCUUACGCACCUGUACCAACAUCAAUGCAUCAUUACUCCAGUCAGAAUGGGGGCUCGAGCUCUGUUGAUAUGAACAGUUCAAGCUGCGCCGUCAAUUUUCCUUUCUUGCAUCCAGAUUCUGGAAGGAAUUUCCGGCCAUCCUGGUCUCAGUUCUCUUCAGAAAGCACCCCAUGGUUUUCAGAUGCAAAAGAAAAGAAACUACUAAUGGAUUUUCAUGAAGUAUAUUCUACAUCUGACAGGAAACAUCAUUACUGCAGCAUUGCUGGGGAUAACCAUCAAAUUGACCCUUCGGUAUAUCUUGCAUCAGAGCGCUUCUUUUCUUUCACUCAGCGCCCUCAACCUGCAUUGGAGAAUCCAGUUUCUCCACCAUCUUUAGCUAACUAUCCCCCUAUGCCAUUCCAAAUAGGUUCCAGAGCUAAUGCUGGCACAAAUAAAAGACAUAGUGAUGUGGUGAAGUUAAAAGAGAAGAUCAUAUCGGCUCCUUGUCUUAGAGACCCUGGCAGAAAGGGCAAAAAGAGGCCGUUAUCUACAUCAGACAAUUGUACAAAUGUGACAAAAAUCCCUUACUUAGGGUUUCAAGAAGAUCCUUCAGUUGUUUUAGCACCAUUAAAAAGCUAUUCCAAUUUUGAAGGAGAUCCUUCAGUUGUUUUAGCACCAUUAAAAAGCUAUUCCAAUUUUGAAGGUCAAUACAGCUGGAGACAAGCAUUUGAAUCAGGUUCAGUUAAAGGCAUGGAAAACAGUAUUGAGAGUGACCAAAGUGGAACAUCAGAGGCACGCCUUGAAUCUUUUAACGAUGAAGAUACUCUCAAAUUUGAAUGUACUCUAGGAUCUGGUCCCAUUAGAUUAACAGCUGGAGCAAAGCAUGUGCUUAAGCCCUACCAGUAUAAUGAUCAGAAGAACUUCAGGCCAACACAUUCAACUGUCCAAUUCGAUACAUCUACUGCUGGGAGCACGACUCUGGAAACUGAGAAAUCGACCAAGAUAUACAAGUUCUAGUGGAUGUUUUUUCUCUGCUCCGGUGGACCAGGAAUCAGAUAUAAAGUAGUCAAACCACGACGCUGCAGUUAACACGUUGACUUGUAAGAUUUACUAUUAAAUUAUGCUCUAAUUUUCAGGUGACUAUCUUUUGAUUCUGAUAUGACAUUUUAAUGUGGAUGCCUAACUUUUGACAUUCAUCAUUUGUGUGGGCCUUCAGUA